AUGUCGCCCAUCACGCGCAUCUUAUCCCGAGCAGUCAACAAACCAUAUCGCACUAAAGAACUGCAAGCGGAGAUUCCUCCUUUUCUUAAUGAAGAUGGCUAUAUCGAUUUUGCCCCUGGUGACAUUGAAAAUCCUCGAAAUUGGUCGAUGCGUCGCCGCGCUGGUGUCACUAUAGCUGCCGUCCUGCUAGUUGUAAAUGCGACUUUCGCUUCCAGUUCUCCAAGUGGAUGUUUCACCUCCAUUUCGAAACAUUUCAAUGUGUCAACUGAGGUGGCCGGCCUUACCAUCACACUUUUCUUGCUCGGAUACUGUGCAGGACCCCUCAUUUUCGCUCCACUGAGCGAAUUCUAUGGCCGUCGAUGGAUCUUCUACAUCACUUUUCUACUUUACCUCGCUUUCAAUUUCCUGUGUGCCUUCGCACCCAAUUUUGGCAGCCUGCUAGUAGGCAGGUUUCUCACCGGAACAUUUGUCUCGGCCCCGUUAAGCAACUGUCCGGGGGUUCUAGCUGAUGUAUGGAAUCCUCUGGAACGUGCGAAUGCAAUGGCCGGUUUCUCGGCAAUGGUCUGGAUUGGACCUGCCUUGGGACCUGUAGUUGCUGGCUUUCUAGAGCUGAAGGAAGACUGGCGUUGGAGUUUUUAUGUACUCCUUUGGCUUGGGGCUGCAUCCGCGUUGAUUAUGUUGACAAUUCCCGAGACGUAUGCGCCAAUAGUUCUUUAUAACAAGGCUCGACGGAUUCGGCAAGCAAAAAUCCUCGGAUACGAACAUGUUAAAGCCCCGGUCGAGGAUAGUGACCGGACAUUGGUCGGUAUCUAUAAAGUGGCGUUGAUCAGACCUUGGAUUAUUUUGUUCGACCCUAUCUCCUUGCUGUGCGCUAUUUACAUGGCAUUCGUUUACACCUUGCUAUAUAUGCUCUUCAGUAUUUAUCCUAUUGUGUUUCAGGAGAAACGAGGGUGGAACUCAGGUGUUGGGGAGUUACCACUGCUCGGUACUGUUGUGGGAGCUCUCUUUGGUGGUGCGAUUGUUUUGAUGGACACUCACCGUCGCCAGAACAAAAUCAAGAGGGGCGAACUGCAGAUGGAAGAUGCCGUUCCUGAAGAUCGACUACCACUUGCCAUGAUUGGAGGAAUAGGCUUUGCGGCGACAAUGUUCUGGUUUGCAUGGUCUGCCGAAUACAACGAUGUUCAUUGGAUUGUUCCCACAAUCGCAGGAGCACUUCUUUCAAGUGCACUGCUUCUGAUAUUCGUCUCAUACCUCAACUAUCUCGUGGAUGUUUACCUGAUGUAUGCCGCCUCGGCCAUUGCUGCGAAUACUAUUGCUCGUUCUGCCUGUGGCGCAGCCGCUCCCCUUUUUACAAACCAGAUGUUUUCGGCUCUAGGUGUGGGAGGAGGUGGCAGUUUGAUUGGGGGCGUUGCAGCGCUCCUAGCCGUCAUACCUUUCCUAUUUUACAAGUAUGGGAAGCAGAUAAGGAUACGGAGCAAGUUUGCGCCAACGAAAGGGACUCCUAACAGCAAUGUCCAAACGAUGAAGGACGAGGAGGCCGGAGUUCAAGAGCAGCCAGACACAACUUCUUCGAGCUAG